AUGGAUUUCAUCUGGUGGAUUUGGAAUGCUUCACUUGGUGAUGGGAUGGGGCUUGGAGGAGAGUCUGUUAACCGGCUCUGCAAUCCUCUGAUGGACAUCCUCAAACUUGUUGAUCCUUGUCAAAAACUUGCCAUCCAAAUCUUCAUCACUCUUGAGCACUCAUUGGAGUCUGGAUAUGAGAAGAUACGCAUUGGCAUCCAUGCCUGUUUUCCAGGCUCUGAACUUCCCUCGUUCUACCAGGUCAAACACCUCCUUGUGGACCUAACUGGAGUCAUGUCUAUCAUCAACCACAUGUGUAUCAACUCAUGCACCACAUUUGUUGGUCCCUAUGCCCAUCUUGACACCUGUCCUGAAUGUGAUGAGCCACACUAUGACCAGCUUCGACAGAACAGAGGGGUCAAACACCCUCAUGCUGUCUUCCACACCAUUCCUAUCGGUCCCCAACUCCAAGCCCUCUGGUGA